AUGCACGUCAAGACUGUCCAAUUUACCCCCUUCACCGACCAGAAGCCUGGCACAUCUGGGCUUCGCAAGAAGGUCACGGUUUUCCAGCAGCCCCACUACAGUGAAUCCUUCAUUACUAGCAUCCUGCUGUCGAUACCCGAGGGUGCGGAAGGCGCAUUCCUUGUCAUUGGUGGUGAUGGCCGUUUCUGGAACUCUGAGGUCAUUCAGUUGAUCGCAAAAAUCGGUGCUGCCUAUGGGGUCAAGAAGCUCCUGAUCGGCCAGAACGGCAUUUUAUCGACUCCGGCCGCAAGCCAUCUCAUUCGUAAGCGCAAAGCUACUGGCGGUAUCCUCUUGACUGCCAGUCAUAAUCCCGGUGGCCCUCAGCAUGAUUUUGGUAUUAAAUACAACCUUGCUAACGGCGGCCCUGCUCCCGAGUCGGUAACAAACAAGAUCUUCGAGACCUCCAAGGCUCUAACAUCGUACAAAAUUGCCGAUAUUCCGGACAUCGACAUUUCGGAGGUCGGCGUCAAGGCAUAUGGGAGCCUAGAGGUUGAAGUGGUAGAUAGUACCGCUGAUUACGUUGAGAUGCUCAAGGACAUCUUCGAUUUCGAUUUGAUCAAGAGGUUUUUCGCCACUCAUCCCGAUUUCAAGGUCCUUUUUGAUGGUCUCUCUGGCGUCACGGGCCCCUACGGCAAGGCCAUCUUUGAACGAGAGCUGAGCUUGGGCCCCGAUUCGACGCAAAACUGCGAGCCCUCUCCCGACUUCAACGGCGGCCACCCAGAUCCCAAUCUCACGUAUGCACAUGGGCUGGUGGAGACGGUUGAGAAGAAUCAGAUCCCUUUCGGCGCUGCCUCCGACGGCGAUGGCGAUCGUAACAUGAUCUAUGGCGCCGGUGCCUUUGUCUCUCCUGGGGACAGCCUUGCCAUCAUCGCCCAUCACAACCAGCUGAUUCCCUAUUUCAAGAAGAAUGGUGUUUAUGGUCUGGCUCGCAGCAUGCCGACUUCUGGUGCCGUGGAUUUGGUGGCCAAGAAGCUUGGCCUUGCUUGCUACGAGGUGCCAACUGGAUGGAAGUUCUUCUGCGCACUGUUUGAUGCUAACAAGUUGUCCAUCUGUGGCGAAGAAUCCUUUGGUACUGGCAGCAACCACAUCCGGGAGAAGGAUGGUCUCUGGGCCAUUGUCGCAUGGCUCAAUAUCAUUGCCGGUCUCGGCAUGGCCAAUCCUGAGGUUACUCCAAGCAUCAAGCAAAUUCAGAAAGAUUUCUGGACCGAGUAUGGCCGCACUUUCUUCACUCGUUAUGAUUACGAGAAUGUCGAUACCGAAGGAGCCAAUAAAGUCGUGGGUGUCUUGAAAGAUCUUAUAGCCGACCCCAACUUUGUCGGGAGCAAGAUCGGAGAUCGCACCGUAACCAAAGCUGGAAACUUCUCGUAUACCGACCUUGACGGCUCAGUGUCGUCCAACCAAGGACUCUAUGUCUGCUUUUCCAAUGGGACGCGCAUCGUUGUUCGGCUGUCGGGAACCGGCUCGUCAGGUGCUACCAUCCGUUUGUAUCUAGAACAGCACAGCAGUGACCCUGCGACAUAUGACAUGGAUGCACAGGAAUUUCUCAAGCCUGAGAUCCAGAUGGCAACAGAGUUGUUGAAGUUUAAGGAAUUUGUGGGCAGGGAUGAGCCAGAUGUUAAGACCUAG